AUGGACUUACCAUCAAGCAGGUACCCAGUGUUUUGUUUUCAAGAAAAGAUCCAAGGGGUAAGAGUGAGCCUGCUCAAAUGGAGCUGUCAUUCUCUGGAUGACACAGUGCUUCAGGGAGUGAACAAGAUGAUCACUGAGAACAUGAACACUGGCCUAACAGCUACUGUUGAAGAGGAAGAAAUAAGAGAUGCUCUCUUCUCUAUCUCACCUCACAAAGCUCCUGGUCAAGAUGCUAAAGAAACACUCCUCAAAGUAGUUCUAGAGGCAGUCCCUCUUUUUGCAAUAUCUUUCUUCAUCCUACCCAAAAUGGUUUAUAUUGCCAAACUCUUUGCUGAUUUUUGGUGGAAAACAAAAAAUGAAGGCUCAGGAGGCAUACACAGGAAAUCAUGGACCUUACUACCUAAAGAAAAGGGAGGCCUUGGAUUCCAUGACAUACACCACAUGAAUAAGGCCUUGCCCAGACCUCCUGAUAAGCAGAGUCAUCAAGGCAAGAUAUUUCCCCAAGAUAAAUCUGAUAUCAGCAUAGAAACUGCAAAAUGGAUCAUUACUUUGGUCAAAAUUUGGGAACACCCCUGCCUCCCUGAAAUGCAAAAUCUCAGGCAUAAACCUUCUAACUCGUGGAGAAAUACAAUCACCUGGCUAUUCUCACCAUCAAAGGGCUUGACCCUCAGAGCAAGGAGAAGCUCACUUGGAUGCCUAGCAAAUGAGGACUUCUUACAGUGGCUAAGGUGUAUAUACAUUGUGGCAAGGACUCAAGUUGCAAUAAGAAAACUCUGGUCUCUAAAGAACGCCACGUACCUACAAAGAACUCUCACACCGGAGGGGUUUUUCGGUGAAGAGCCUCCGAUGCUUAAGUCAGUGUUUGUUCUACUCAAUUCUCAAGACUGUCCACCUAAGGCUGCCCGGACCUGCCCGUCCGUACGCACACAGUGUAUGUGUGUCAGAAGUGGUUAUCGCCACUAUCACCCUGCACCAAUGUGUUCUCGCCACGUGUCCUCUGCACAUGGGGUGGUUGAUCCGAUGAUCUGUCGCUUGAUAGAUCGAUCUUCGACCACACCUCCCACAGCACUCUCAAAGAAGAUUAAAGCUUUUGACACUUUUUGUAAAUCAUGUGGUGCUGGGGAGGAAUUCCUUGAGCACCUCAUGUUUCAUUGCAGCAAAUCAAGGACAAUAUGGAAACUUGCAACCAUUUCUUGGGAUGGCCUUGAAGAAUACUCCUCCAGUUUCAAACAAUGGUGGAUAAAGCUCUGCUCACUGAAGGCUUGUGUUUCCAUUGACCACAUGACCCAACUGUCAGUAUACUUGAUCUGGUGGCCUUGA